AUGCCUCCCACCACCGAAAGCAUGGUCGCGGCCAGUGCCGCCGUCGCCAGCAACCCCGAGGCGCCCACCGAGUCCUGGAAGCUAAAGUUCUGCACGGUCUGCGCGUCCAACAAUAACCGCUCCAUGGAGGCUCACCUGCGGCUCUCGACCGCACCGACCGCGUUCCCGGUCAUCUCCUUUGGCACGGGCUCGCUCGUCCGCCUGCCGGGGCCAUCCAUUACGCAGCCGAACGUGUAUGGCUUCAACACCACCUCCUACAACCAGAUGUAUGAGGAACUGCAAAGCAAGGACGAGCGGCUGUACCGCAACAACGGCAUCCUGAACAUGCUCGACCGCAACCGCAAUCUGAAAUGGGGCCCCGAGCGCUUCCAGGAUUGGGUGCCGGGCCUCCCGCGCCUGGACCAUGUCUCCAAGGGCGACAAGGGCGCGCUGGGCACGGAGGGCGGCGUCGUCGAUGUCAUUAUUACCUGUGAAGAGCGCUGCUGGGAUGCUGUGGUCGAUGACCUGAUGAACAAGGGCAACACGCUGAACCGCCCUGUGCACGUGUUCAAUAUCGAUAUCAAGGAUAAUCAUGAGGAGGCGCUGCUCGGCGGGAAGGCCAUCCUGGACCUGGCCAACCGUCUGAAUGAUGCGGCCAUUGCGCAGCGGAACACGCAUGGGCCGGAGGGGUGGGAGAAUGGAGCUGGCGCCGCCCGCCUGAGCUUCGACGAGAGCGUUCCGGAAAUCCUGGCGGAGUGGCAGGAGAAGAAUCCUAAUUUGCCGGCGUUGUGGACUUUGGCCUGGCUGUAG